UCGGCGGCCUUUACAGGCAAACUGUUUUUUCGUGUUCGUGCAUAUAUUUUCGUGUUUUGCAGCAUGUCAGGGAGAGGGAAACCAAUGAGAAAGGGGCCGACACAUGGGACAAGUGCGGCCACGAAAAAGAAACGCAAGGAACAGGCCCCUUCACAGUCAUCAAUGCUGGGCAUGCCCGAAGCAGCGAUGGGACAGCUAGAUAACUUGGGGACAGCACGUGGACCCAGUCAAGUUCAAGCAGACAGGACGGCGCCUUCCCAGACUUCGUCAGGUGAAAAUGCGAGUGGGUCAAGACCGACUGAGGUUUUCCAGGUUUCACCAGCUGGCUCCAGAGGCGGAACGAGAAGCAACACCAGUGUCACCAGGAGUUUGGAAAAUCUUGAAGCUGAGUCCCAUAGAUUGAUUAAGGCAUCCUUGGCUACAAGUACCAGGAAGACCUAUAUGAGUGCAAUACAUUCAUUUUCUAGUUUCCGUCAGGCUUUAGGCUUACAAGAAGUUUGGCCUGUCUAGGUAGAGCAGCUAAUACAGUCCAUUUCAUAUCUUUCACUAAGAUCUUUUUCCUCAGCUACUUUUAGUCUACAUGUCUCAGCCUUAAGUUAUCAACACAAGAUACAAGGUUUGCCGGAUCCGUCAGUUCAUUUCAUUGUCCGGAAGAUGCUUGAAGGUAGCAGACGCUUUACAAUGAAAGUAGAUGUCAGAGCUCCAAUAUCUUACAAGAUUUUGCUGCAGAUGCCUGUGGCUUUAUGAGUGA